GCUGGCCCAGCGGAGCCGGCGCGCUCCCGCCUGCAGGGGGAGGGCGGACGGGGCGCGGGGACCGGCCAGGCCGCGGCGGGCGCUGUUUCUCUUUCACUUUCCUUCCCUCCGAGGCCGGCGCGCUGGCGGGCGAGGAGCGGCGGCGGCGGCGGCCGCGGGACAUGGGAAAGCAGAACCACCGAAAGUAGUGAUGACCAGCGAUCUCAUGAUAAAUCUGGAUGUUAGUUCUCAUGCCUCAGGACAUCCAGUUGGGAACUCCACACCAGCUCCUGGGCUCAGACUUCAUCCACUUACUACCCCUCUUUGCCUGAACUACUAAAGCCAGUCCUAGCUAACCACGAAUGGCUACCCAAAGGAAACACUUGGUGAAAGAUUUCAAUCCUCACAUCACCUGCUACAUCUGUAAAGGGUACCUGAUCAAGCCAACCACAGUGACGGAAUGUCUCCAUACCUUCUGUAAGACUUGUAUUGUACAGCACUUUGAAGAUAGCAAUGACUGUCCAAGGUGUGGCAUCCAAGUCCAUGAGACAAAUCCAUUAGAAAUGUUGAGGUUGGAUAAUACAUUAGAGGAAAUUAUAUUUAAGCUGGUCCCUGGACUACGAGAACAGGAACUUGAGCGUGAAUCUGAAUUUUGGAAGAAAAAUAAGCCUCAAGAAAAUGGACAAGAUGAUACUUCAAAAGUUGACAAACCUAAAGUAGAUGAAGAAGGUGAUGAAAAUCAAGAUGAUAAGGACUAUCACAGAAGUGACCCACAAAUUGCUAUAUGUCUAGAUUGUUUACGAAAUAAUGGACAAUCAGGGGACAAUGUAGUAAAGGGUUUAAUGAAGAAAUUCAUUCGAUGUUCUACGCGUGUAACUGUGGGAACUAUUAAAAAAUUUUUAAGUUUAAAACUAAAACUUCCAAGUUCUUAUGAGUUGGAUGUGCUGUGCAAUGGUGAAAUUAUGGGGAAGGAUCACACUAUGGAAUUCAUCUACAUGACAAGAUGGCGACUAAGAGGCGAAAACUUUCGGUGUCUGAACUGCUCAGCUUCGCAAGUCUGCUCUCAGGAUGGCCCUUUGUAUCAGUCCUACCCCAUGGUAUUGCAGUAUCGACCAAGAAUUGAUUUCGGUUAGACCAAGGGGCCUUGAUCCCACUGAGAUGAAUCCUGCACUUUGUUUACUCAUCAACAGAUCGCACAGUGAACGGUGUGUGGACGAGAGGGACACAACCAGAUUUUCAGCAUGCAAAUAAGGCCAUUGUCUGUCUCUAAGUUGUCAGUUGCAUUUAUGUUGUUUCUAUUAAGAGUGAACCAAGUGCCAUUCUGCUACUGAACCACCCGCAUAAGGUAUCUGUGCUGUCUCACCAUGUACCAUACAAGCCAGGGUUGAAAUCAGCUAGUUGUGCAGCCAUGAUUCAGCCUCCCGCAUAUCUUGCUUGCUUGUCCUGAGACUGUUCUGAUGUUUGAUUACACUAGUACUAUGACUCAAUCUGUGUGGUGUUGCAGUUUUCACAUACUUAAUAUUUUAUUAAUUUUUGUUUAAAAUAGAGUACUGUACAAGAAAUAAUUAUUGUAUCUUGAAGUUAUUUUGUAUGGGAAAGUAUUUAGAAGAGUGGUUUGUGAGCCACUGUCCUGUUCUCAGUAAGCUUUUUGUGUGCAAAAUAGUUCACUCUUGAGUGUUCAAGUCUUUGGGGAAGAAUUCCAAUUAUUCUUAUCAUUAGAGCACAUUAUAGCUGUAGACAUUUUAAGUCCUCCAGCGGUGUAGUCUACCAGUUGCACAGGAGGGCACAUUAGCCCUCCAGGUUGAACAUGUGUGUGACUCCGUGGAGACCUGAAGUUCGAUUCAUACCCAUUCGAGACAUUAACAGCUGGUCACAUUUACUCUAACAAAACGGAUGCAUCAGUAAGGUCAAUCUUUCAUAAUGCCUUAUGAAAGCAGGUGCUGCUUCAUGAAACGUCACUGUGUAGCCCUUUUUGUAUAUGCAUCCUUAUAUUGUGGCUCCCAUUUAACAAGUAGUGUCUCUCUUUUUAAGUUGGCCUUAGGUGAGUGUCAUUGUGGCAUGCAGAGGGUUAUGAUGAUUUUAAAUAUUAGGAUUUUUAGAGAAGAUAACAUUAGCCAUUUUAUGGAUUUCAGAAGUCUCAAGGCAAUUAUUAAUUAAAACUGUUAGUUACCUGUCACAUUUCCAAACCAUAUGCAUAAAAUAGAAUAAAUGCAGUGUAGUAGGUAAUAUGCUAACCAAAACUAAUGGUUUGAGGAUAUUUCAUUUUAGAUCCUGUAGUAAUCAGGGGGAAACGGGAUUGUUUUAUACAUAAAUUCAUUAAGGUCAGAGCUGUGAUAAUGUCCUUGAUUUUGCAGUUUUGUUAAUAAGUCUUCCAUUCAUUUUGAGAUUAGUCUGCAAGUCAAAGAAAGUCUUGUUACCUUAAAUUACAUGAAGAAUUUCAUUUUAAACCUUUUAAAAUUUACAGUUUUCAGAAAACUUCUUUGGAAAUUAAGUUUUAUUACUUGCUUCAAAAUAAACAAGUUAACCUCUGAAACUUAGGAAAAAUCUUGAAAGUUAGGAAAACUCUGUUUUAGAAAUCUGACACGAGCACAAUCUGUGUGGUACACACAUAGUUUUUAUACUGUAUACAUUGUAGAUGUGCUACAUUUUCCAGUAAAAUGUAUCACAGAUAAUGCCUUCUGAAUAUCAAAAUGCUUCUUAGAAAUAACAUUGUUUAACUCUAAAAAACAUAAAAUACAGCUAAAUCUUGAUGCAUUUCACAACAUAUAAAAGUCUGAAACUUCCUAAUUACCUUUUCCAUGUGUCUUUGUUUCAAGUUAGAAAGUUAGUAUUAAAGUCUUCUACUGUUUUUGUUUUGAUGUCUGUGAAAAAGGUUAUGGCAAUGCUUUCUGAAUUUUAUUUUGUUAGAUUGUGUUUGUGCCUGGAAGGACUCAAAAGUAGAACUUAAAAGGCAGAUUUUUGUUAACACUUUAAAAAUGGUUAGAACAGAUCAUUAUAUUCAACCAAAAACAAUUUACUCUCCAGAUGCAGAAAUUAUUUUGCUGUGUUAUGAAACCCAAUUCCCUGACAUCCCUAAGAAAUUUUAAAAUUAUGAAUCUGUCACAUCUAGGUCAGUGAUUAAAAUAGUGCUUUACAUGUAGAAGUUAAUUAACUCAAAAUUAAGUGAGAGUGCAUUUUUAAAAACCACAAAUGAGACCUGCGUGUUUUUGGGUCCCCAGCCAAAACUUACAGCUUUAAAUGAGUUUUGUAUACCUGAUCUCUUUAAUUUUGGCCUGUUGCUGCCUCCACUCCUUUAAUUUCACUAUUUUCCAAGGAAAUAUAUAGGAAGCAAUUAUGGGAUUGAGAAUAGUUUUAUAUAAAAUUCCUUUAUUCAAUGUUAACACGCUAACAUUUUUAUUGAAAUGCAAUGGAAUAUGUGCCAAAACAUGUGAAAGAUAACCUUACAUAAAGAAGGGCAUCAGUUACAAGUUAGGGAAAGGUACACAUUUUAUGAUGGUCCCAAGUAAUACAGUGUUACUAUUAAGAACCAUAGACUUCAACAAACCUCUUUUGGUAUAUUCAACUAUAAUUUUCUAAGUAUGGGACUACUUUCAUGUCAAGCAAUACACUAAUUAUCCCCUAAGCCAGAUUAUGGAAUUUGCAAGAAACCAGAUGCAGAAAAAAUAUACAGGCAACUUUUGUGGUCCAUUUUAUAAACUUAGGGUGCUAAUAAAUCUCUUUAUAUAAACAACCUAUAGAAAUAAUCAUCUGAAUCUGCAAAAUUGGAGAAUCAAACUAAAUUUUUUUUAAUCUGUUGUUCAAAAGAACUUUACUUCCAUAAAAGAUUUUAUAAUCUGCUUUCUCUGCCUUAGAUAUCAGAGACAUCAGAGGGUCAAGGAACCUCAGAUAUAAAGGACUGUGGUCCAUAGAUACCACUUUAGCUGGAGUGAACAGACCCAUUAAUAGAAAAAUCAGAAUAUGGCCCUUUCUCUAGAUUAACCAAAACACUGUUAAGAAGUAUAAGAAAAUAAACUAAAAGGCUCAUUGAUGAGGUAAUAUAAGGUCAUUCAGUCUGGGGUACAGGUACCUUGGGUAAUGUCUUUUAAUUACUUUCCUAAAAGUGUAUUUCUUUAGUCUCUUUAUUCAUUGGAAAUAUGUCCCAUACAAAUAUGCCACAUUUUAUAAAUGUAAUGAGUUUGCUCUACUACAUUUAUAUACUCUAAUCUAAAUUUAAGCAACUCUAUAAGAGGGAAAAGUGUGUUAUAUAAUAUUGUGAACUGUUUAGCUUUAUUGAAAUAUUUAAGAGAAAGUGCCUCAUUGCUGAAGUGCAUUUCUGUUUAGAUUUACUGCAUAAAUUUUGAGUUAUCUGUUCCUGUCUCUUAUGAAUGGUUUUGUAUCUAACUAGGCACUCAUAAGUUUGAGUAAUCUCUUUUUGAAAGAUUUUCAUAAGAAAUAGAGAUCACCAAAGACCUUCUACUGUUCAUUAAUAACCAUGGUAAGAUAGAGAAUUUUAACAGUUUGGAGGUUGGAAUCUUUUAGGUUGCAAUUUAAUUUUAUAUAGUUAGGCAAUAACCUUGAGUAACUGCUAAAAUAUCACCAAAGAAAGAUUUGAAGCUGAUUUUUGUGAUGAGAUCAAUCAAAUGGAGGUUUUUCUUGCAAUAAUCAGAACACAAUUCCUUUCAAAUAUGUCCCUUGUUUUCCCAGCACCACUUGAUAGGUCUUAGGAAAUCCUCAAAGAUGAGAAAGAGAUAAACACCACAAUUGGCUUUCCCUUGGAUGCAAGUGGAAGAAAUGGAUCCUUUGAAAAGAAAACUGAAAUGGAUAUUUUAAUUCUAAUUUGAGAAGCUCUUUAAUUCAUUUCGUGCAGCCCAUAUAAACUAAAAUUAUGCUUAUUUAGUUCCUGGAUUCUUAAUAACAUUAGAAAUUUUAUUAAAGGCAGACUUUGGUAGAAAUGCUGACCAUGCUUACAUGUAUAGAAAAUAGUACAUUCUAUUGGAUUUACAUAAGUAAAUGCUUUUUUUUUUUUUUGUAUUCAAAAGCAAAUUUUUCAUAAAGGCUUUUUUUUUUUUCCUUAAAAAGUAACUCUUUGGCCUAUUUCUCAGUGAUUACUUUGUAAUUAGAAUUUAGCCAUAUAGCCAAACUUUGACAAAAUGGGUCCCAGAUCAAGAGCGUAUACAUCAAGUUAAGCAUUGCCUUCCCACCGUUCUCCUUGGGAGCUUACCCUGUCACCAUCUUGGAGGUAAGGCUCACAUGAUGCAGUCCUUCUGGUAGCUGGGUAAGCUUCUCGGAUGCACUCUGCUACAUACUCUGGUUUAUCAUAAGGAAUCGUCCAGCAGGCUAAGCUUUAUACCAAGAUGUUAGUUACAGGAAUUACAAAAAUGAAUGAGUUUGCCAUAACUUUAAUGUUUGGGACUAGAAACAAAAACAUGAAAAUGUUAGUAAUACUUUUAAGAUAUAGAUAUAUAUCCCUGCAAUAAGGAACAUAACAUGUAUGCCACAUCUGGUCUAUGAAAAACUGAAAAAUAUUAAAGAAGAGCUCAGAAACCCCUUUGAAAGCACAAAAUAACCAACCGGUUUUGGAUUUACUUGAUAUACCUAGUUCUACCUGUAGUAUUUCAGUGGAAAAACAUCAGGUUGAAAGUUCAUUAAAAUGUACUUAAAUAUACAUUAUAAGAUUUUCAUGGUUUUCUUUUUCUCAAAGCAAAGGCAUUUUCCCAAUAAUUUAAAAUGAUUCUCUUCCUUGUGUAGUCUUCACAAGUAGUGUGUUUACUAUCCUUACUGUAUUUGCAAAUAGAAUUAAAAUGCUUGAGUACUUUCUUUUCAGAAAGUUAUGAAAUUAAACAAAUAUAAUUUAUUUUAAAUGCUCAUUCAAAUAUGUAUACCCAUUAUGCCCCUUUUUCUAGGAUUCAAUACUGAGACAUUGAUCUGAAAUGCCUUUAUCUUUAAAUAUAGAAUCAAGUGAAACAGAGAUGUUAAAAUACUGGGUCUAGUUUGCUUCUAUCUUUCAGAGCUUCGUGGCGUAAGAAACUAACCUAGAACAAAUGAAGAUUAAAUAUUCCUGGGCAAUGUAGAGCUAGUAAACAGAUUAUCUAUCCCUAGACUUCACCUCAGGCCACUGGAGCAGAAGUUCUACACACUAGAAAUGUAAUGGGAUCAGCUUAACAUUUUGGGGGUUCGGUUUUCUUUUGCUGUAUUUUUUAGAAUGGGGAUGGGGGCCUAAGUGUCCUUACGAAGCUGCGGCCCAUGACAAGAGCUUGUGGGAGGGCGCCAGCCUUCCGCUGCGCUCCUGCACCUGGCAGCGCAACAGCAAAGCACCAGUUUUUAAUCGAGCAGCCCUCACAUUAAAUAAAACCAUCAUAGAAUCUAUUGUACAGUUAUGUUGCUAAUUUUCCUUUGAAAUAUAAAAUAUUUUAAGCUUUUUUUGUCAAAAGUGGUAACAUCUUAAUACAAAUAAAAACCUUUUUGUGGUUGUAAGAUUUAGCUUAUAAAUCAUUCAAAUUGAAGUGAAAGAUUACCAGGUCAUUGUUAAUGACUUAGUCUAUUAAGAAUAUAUGUAUUUUUGUAAAGGAAAAGCACUUGUAGAUAUUUAAUCAGUACAAGAUAUAUGUCUGUUUUGCAGAAAAUAAAAUGCUGCUUAGAGAUUCUCUUUAAAUAUUUUUUAUUUUUGUGCUCAAAUGUAUUUUCUGUUGAUCAAUGGAAUGUUCUGUAUAAAAGCUGUAUGGUUGUACCGUUGGGCUAGAUUCUUUUGUUUUUUAAAAUCUGGACUUAGCCAAGUAUAUUUGACCAUGUUAAAAAUAGUAUCUUUGUUAAUAAAAUUUUGAUUGCAUAA